AUGAUGAAUAUCUUUCGUCUUUAUGCUGAUGAAAAAUCAGAAUAUCAAUCUAAUGAUGCUAUUCAAUGGUAUUUAAAUCCUUCAUGUCUUCAAAAAUUAAUAACUAAAUCAUUGCAAAGAAAAGAUAUCGAUCAACUUUAUCAAUUAAGAUAUUUUCUUAUUGAUCUUAUCGAAAAUUUUGUUAUUCAUCAACAGGUGAAAUUAUCAAAACAUGAAUUAAAAUAUUUCAAACAAAAACAAGGUCAAAUAAUGUCAAUGAAAAGAUUUCUGUUAGUAAAGCAGGAUAUUUUAUUAUCACAACGAUCGAAUUUAGUUGAUAUUCACUUGGAAAUUAAAUAUAAUCUAAAAGAAUAUCAGAAUAAAAACGAAGUUUUAUUUGAUUUGAAUACAACAUUUCAAUUGAAAAAUAUUGAAGAAAAUGAUGAAAGAUUUCUUAUUCAAUUAACUGCAGGAUUCCCCCUAAUAACGCCGAAAGUAAAAAUGUCGAAAGUAAAAAUACCGAAAGCUGAAAAAUGUCGAAAUAAAUAA